CGCAAAUUGAGAUGCGUUGUAUUCAAAUAUCAUGAUUACCUGUCCCUGUUACAAUUAUUUAAUAGUAGCUGGCAGGGAACAAGGCAAAGUGUUCAACUACUGAAUGCGGAUUUGAAAUGACAGCAGAAGAAAAAUUAGUGACAUUAAAGACUAUAAGAUGCAUAUUGCCUAUAUAUUUUUAUUUUCAAUAUUAUGGCUUUCCGGCAAAAAUGUCGUCAGUACUUGUCCAUAUCGCUACUGGGGAAGUGACUGCCAAGAAUUAUGUGAAACUAAUUGUCAAGGAUCAUGUCAUGAGAACACAGGAGCAUGCUCUAGUUGUUACAGUGGUUAUUGGGAUACUCAUUGUCAUAAAGAUUGUCCGGCAAAUUGUAGCUCUAGAUAUUGUGCCAAACAAGAUGGUAGUUGUUAUUCUUGUUCCGAUGGUUCGUAUGGUAAGAUGUGCAACAAUGCGUGUUAUAUAAAAUGUAAGAAAUGUCAUCAAACGACUGGUGCAUGCACUUUAUGUAAUGAUGGUGAAUGGGGAGACACCUGUGAGAAAACAUGUGCUCCGAAUUGCAAAAUAUGUGACAAGUUAACAGGUGAUUGUCGGAUAUGUAAGCCCGGUUAUUGGAACAUUUCUUGUGGCAACAAAUGUUCUGACCUGAAUUGUGAUAUUUGUAGUAUCUCAUCAGGAUCAUGUCAAGUGUGUAAAUCCGGAUUUUGGGGCGAAGACUGUCAGAAAUCAUGUGGGAACUGUACAUCAGAUAAGUGUGGAAGGAGUGAUGGAAGAUGUUAUUCAUGUCAAUCCGGAUUUGCAGGACAAAACUGCUCAAUACUUUGUAAUCUUGGAAAUUGCAGUUUCGUUCUCAUGUAAUGUGAAUUAUCAUAAAUGUUAUGU